UAUUACACAAAUAAUCAUGAUCGAAAUUAACGCAAAAUUACUACGCGAUCAAAGCGCGGUGUUCAUGUGUGGGGAAGUCGUUGAGUGUUUAAUCGAUUUCAUUCAUCCAUCACUUCCAGAGCAUAAAAUUUCCCAGAGCAAUAGCGAUAUUUUGGAAAAUCUAGCCUGGGCCACGGUACAACUGCACUGCUACUGCAAUGCUUCUUUCAAUGAGAAAUCAUCGACCAACGAUGCCGUGUCGAAUCGGAACGUUGGCGGCAGCACUUCGCUGAACGCGAGCAAUCAACUCAAGGGUGAGGUGCUACACUCAACCGAACCGAAAAUUCUGUUCUGCGACCUACGGCUUUCCCCCGGCGAGGCAAAGCAGUUUCUUUAUCGUGAAACGGUUCCACUUAACACGCCACCCACGUACCGUGGGAUUCGCGUGAAGUAUUAUUACAAAAUAACAGUGGCCACACAGCGGCUAGGUUCGACCGUGCAGGCUCUUAACAUUCCCAUUCGUGUGCUUCCGCUUCCGCUGCCCCAGAGCGAUCUUGACGAAGCGAUCACACUGAACGACGAAUCGAACGAAGAUCUAGCACCGAACAAUCCGUUUCUGGAGAAGAAACGGCCACCGUCACGCAUCGAGUACGCGUUACACUACUUACGGGGUGUGACUGCUCGCCGCCGGCCCAACUUCUUCAUGAUCAACAACAAAUGGGGCAAGGUGGGUCGUUUCUGCCUGUUCAAGGCGGCGUACAAGCUUGGCGAGGAUAUUGUGGCUACGAUCGAUUUUAGUUGUGGAACGAUCAAAUGUGUCCAGCUGUCGGUGACGUUGCAGUGUGAAGAAACUGAACUGAACACCACCCCAAUCACGUCCACGGGUGUAAAGAAUGAGUUGGCCGUAUCGGAUGCUGCUGCUGCGACUGAUAACUCCACGGAAGCGGCAAAUGAACCGGCAGAACGUCACAAGAAUAUCUCACGCGUAACGAACUACAGCAAACAUCACGAAGUUUGUCUGGGGAUGUUGCAAACGCAAGUGAUCCUACCCAUUCCGCUACACGUAACGCCCACCUUCCGUACGGAACUGGUGGAGGUCAGUUGGCGAUUGCACUUUCAGUUCGUGACGAGCACGAAUCAGGAAUUGAGCAGCGAAAUGUUGCUUGAUCGAAGCAACGAAAAUGAAGAGGAGCUGGAAUGGGUUGCACCGACCGACAUUGCGAUCGAGACCAUGAUUUGGAGUUUGCCAAUUACGAUCUACCCGACGGCACCGUUACAAAUACCGCAGCCCUGUGGAGAAUAUAAGCUAAAUAUAAAAUAAAGCGGCC